GAAAAAGAGGCCCUUUAGUGCCCACAGGGCGGAAAGAGUUUAAAAAAAAAACACAGAUGGGUCACCAUCCAUGGUCGGUAAAAAUGCUGGUCUUGUCACAAAAAUACGGAACAAAAUUUUAUAUGAAAUUAAAGGUGAACGACCCAAAUUCGUUGGAAUUCACUGUAUUAUACAUCAAGAAGUCUUGGCCUCUAAAGUGCUGAAAAUGGAGCAUGUAAUGAAUCCCAUAAUUAAAACAGUUAAUUUUAUUAAAAGUAGAGAACUAAAUCAUCGGCAAAUCACACAAUUUUUAAACGACCUUGAUGAAAAAUGUUCAGAUAUUUCCUACUUUGCAGAAGUACGGUGGCUUAGUCGUGGAUCAAUGCUUAAACGAUUUUUCGAAUUACGUAAACACGUUGUUACGUUUAUGGCUCAAAAGGGCAAACCGAUGGAACACAGUGAUGAAUGGUGGCUUGACUUUGCGUUCUUAGUAGAUAUGACGGAACACUUGAAUAAUUUGAACGUUAAACUUCAAGAAAAAAAUGUAAUCGUUACGCAACUGUACUCAUCAAGUGUUCAAGCUUUCAAAAUAAAAUUAAAGUUGUGGGAACCGCAGCUGCGAGAACAAAAACUUGACCAUUUCCCUAGCAUUCGUAAAAUCGGCACGUACAAUGCAGAUAAAUUAGCAGAUUUUUCUUACCGUUUGCUUGAUCUUAUUGCUGAAUUUGAUUUUUUUGCAGAUUUUAGCGAGCUCAAUACCUACGACUUUCCUCUUUUUAAUGAUCUGUUUACGUUCGAUGUUGGUAAAGCACCGACUUACUUGCAAAUGGAACUAAUAGAUUUGCAGUGUGAUACUGCUUUUAAAAAGCAAGUUCAAUGAAGUUGACGUUUUGGCAUUUUAUACAAAGUACUUCACAAUCAAAAUAGCUAUCCCUACUUAAGGAACCAUGCUGCCCGCAUUUUAUGCAUGUUUGGAAGUUCAUAUGUGUGUGAACAGUUGUUUUCAACAGUGAAGAUUAAUAAAUCUAAAUACCGUUCAAGACUUACAGAUGAACAUCUUCAGUCCAUUUUGAAAAUCAAUACAUCGUUGACAUCAAACAUCGAGAAGAUAAUGAAGCGUAAAAAUCAAGUUUCUGGAUUAUCAAAAUAAUAUUUUGGUUUAAUACGUCUCUACUUAAAAAAAUUAUAAUUUUUUUCUUUAAUAAAAUCAUUCUUUAUAUACUUCUUAUUUAUACUUAGUAUUACAUUUGUAUUUUAUUUUUAAUCUGGUCCGCUGUCAUACUUGAGACAAAAAAUUGGCACUUGAGUUUGUGUUUAACUCCCCUGGGCUACAUGUACCGAUUAGGGUUUCUUUCCCGGGAUUCUCGCCGUUUAUUCCCUACGAGAAAAAUCCUGGGAAAUUUUAUUUUCCCGGGAAAUCUCGCAUUUCAAUAAUAAUUUACCAUGUCAGGUUUUCUUUCUAGUAUUUAUGUGAGGCCCUGGAAAUAGCCUCCCCCCAAAAAAGGAAAGAUAUGUAAAAAUUUGUUAUGUUAAAUUCGUCGAGAAAGCAAAAUAUAUAUAAGUGUCGAAUCGGCGACACCCGACCCGCUCAUCAAAAGUUGACAGAAAACCCAAAUUUAAGAUAAAAAGAAGAAAAUUUAAAAUAUUAAAAGUUAAGACGCAGUUUAGAAAGCAAAACGAAACUAGAUAAAAAAAAUGUCUAGAUGAGCAGAGGUGUCAUAGUCAACAAUUAAACGCGAUCAGAUUCGAAAAGAUGGUGUCGAAUAAACCAUCUCCAGCCGACCUUUUCCACGAACUUAACGAAGCUCCAUUUACACCUGGAGACAGGUGGAUGACCAAUUGGAAAACGGUGAUGUAAGAUCUAUCCAAUUGACAAGAAGCCGAUCGCAAAAACCCUAUAAAAACGCAAAAUUCAAGGACAGCGGGACUUUUUCUACUUGAUUUCUACUUCCACCAAGACUUCCACCUAUACUUCUGUUGUAUUCGUAUAUCUUCAUCUUUCAUGCAUCGACUUUCGAGACAUCGAACUUUUUUCUCCUCAACACUGUCCAGGGGCCCCUACGAUGACGCACCGGAUCACCGCCGAAACUCCCGGCAACGCAAGACCAGCACCGAAGCCGAAAAAUUUAUGUAAGCAUUAUCGUCCGGAAUAAACGGUUUACUUUUGUAAAACACUUGUCUUUGCUGCAUUUAAAAACCGCCACCCACAUACGCUAAGACCUUAGACCAUCCCGACGGUAGGGAAUAAAAAUCUCCCCCCAAUCGGCGUUCUUACAUUUAUUAUACGAAAAGUUGGAUCUUGAAGACUCACCUAAGAGAGAAAUUUUGAGGUUUCUUGCUGCAUAUUAUUACCUAUGUUUUACAAGUCUCUACUUGUUAGUUCAUGUAAUAUCUAUGUAUUGUGUUUGCGCAUCAUUGAACAGUGGAGACUUGCUGGAAGUAAAUAUCACUCAUCGCACUUUAGUUUGUUUUUUAUUUCAUCUUUAGAAGUAAAAUAGUAUUUUUUCGUAAUCAUUAAAACUCCCAAUGAAACGCUUUAUUUUACUUUCAUCUUAUAA